GCUUUAAAACAUAAAUACAUAAUUUAUGUGUUGUGGCUCACUGAUUAAGGGAAUAAUUGGCCAUAUGGACAAUAAUAAAAUAUAGACAGAUUUGAAAUGUUCUGGUCCAUGCUCAUUCAAGUUCAGGUUUUAGAAAUAAAGUUCGAAUUAUCUGAAACUAGAAUUCUAGGUUUCUUUGCUCACCUCCUUGUCAUCCAUAGGUGGAGUUGUGAGGUUGGAUUUUAAGAUAAACACACCUCCAGACCACCAGCAUUUUCGUAAAUAGACUUGCAAAAGGCCAAGAGAUUUCUAGAGUGUUUGCAUCUCCAUGGCGAUGUGCAUAAACAAAUACAAAAAAACGAGUCCCUGGAUGUGUGAUUAACAGAGCCUGGGCAGCCCCUCUCUGAUAUUUCAAAAGUUUCCUUGUGACAUUCAUGAGGGUUCUUCAAGGGGAGGGGAGGAUAGGAGAGUGCCUAAAGGACUUUGGUGCAGGAAAAAGGCACUGAGAACUUGCCCUCUUUCUUUAAUAUUGUGAAGAAAAAAAUGAGGUACUUAUUUUAUACCUAAUAAAUAUUUCGGAUCCAUUUACGCAUAAUUAGUGCAGUUACCUCGCUUUUGUAAACUCACAAGGUGAAGGAAUGGGAAGGGAAACUGCAUUCUAGGUGCUGAGCCUGUCGCUAGCACAUCGCUGGAAAACCCCUCUGUCCUCACAACAGAUUAACUACCCUCUGUGCAUACUAUAUUUUUGUUCAGCUUUUCCUAUUCUGAGUCUGGACUGAAGCAGUCGUUAUCUGCUGGCGGUGCCUGGGUGAUUUUCAAGCCGAGCACUACCCACCCAAGUAGCUGUGAUACCAGCUUUCACUGAAGCCUUAUUACUCUUAAAAGAGCAAUUUGGUUGGCUGCACGGCUAUUAGGAUCACACAGGCAGCCUGAAAGCUGUCAGUACAACUGCUUCUCAUCUUUUUUUUUCACACGGUCCUGACAUCUCUUCUCUUUUUCUGCUGGACACACAUUCCUGUUUUUAUCAUUUUCAAUCAAGUGCACGCAGGACGCUGAGGAAUAUUCCCACUGAAAGCAAAGUGGAGAGCAGGAAUGAUUUUACAGCUCUUAAAGUGGAAACAGUGCUGACUGCGGGCUGAGGGGAAGGAGCUGGAGCCGUGAGAAAUGUAGCUUGGCUCAGGGCUACAUCAGGGAGCUGCUCCUUCAGCUGCUAAAGAUGGCAAAACACCACCUACCUCUGGCUUCUCAAUGAUCAAUGCUACCUUCAGAACCGGGAGGGAAGAGGAUGUGAGAAAUUUUAUAAAAUUCACUUGUGGAAAUGUUAUCAUCCGAGAAAGUGGACAAAAUUACUAGACUCGAACUUCUCUUCGUUUUGAUGUUAUUCUUCUCUGGACCAACUCUAGGCAAGCUGACCAGGACCCCCUGGAAGGGCAAACCUUGGAAGGGGGGAUCUCGUCUUCGUCAAGAAGACUUUCCCCCCAGGAUCGUAGAACACCCUUCUGACGUCAUCGUCUCCAAGGGAGAGCCCACCACUCUGAACUGUAAAGCAGAGGGCCGACCCACUCCCACCAUUGAAUGGUACAAGGAUGGUGAGAGGGUGGAGACAGACAAGGAUGAUCCCAGGUCCCACAGAAUGCUUCUGCCCAGCGGAUCUUUAUUCUUUUUGCGAAUUGUUCAUGGGCGCAGAAGUAAACCGGAUGAAGGGAGUUACGUUUGUGUUGCAAGGAACUAUCUUGGUGAAGCAGUGAGUCGAAAUGCAUCUCUGGAAGUGGCAUUAUUGCGAGAUGACUUCCGGCAAAACCCCACAGAUGUGGUAGUCGCAGCUGGAGAGCCUGCAAUCUUGGAGUGCCAGCCACCACGGGGACACCCAGAACCAACCAUCUACUGGAAAAAGGACAAAGUCCGAAUUGAUGACAAGGAAGAGAGAAUAAGUAUCCGUGGUGGGAAGCUGAUGAUCUCUAAUACAAGGAAAAGCGAUGCUGGCAUGUACACCUGUGUGGGAACCAAUAUGGUGGGAGAAAGGGACAGCGACCCUGCAGAGCUCACUGUCUUCGAACGACCCACAUUUCUCAGGAGGCCAAUUAACCAGGUGGUGCUAGAGGAAGAGGCUGUAGAAUUCCGUUGUCAGGUCCAAGGGGAUCCCCAGCCAACGGUGAGGUGGAAAAAAGAUGAUGCAGACUUGCCAAGAGGAAGGUAUGAUAUCAAAGAUGACUACACGCUGAGAAUUAAAAAGGCCAUGAGUACUGAUGAAGGUACCUAUGUGUGUAUUGCUGAGAAUCGGGUGGGAAAAGUGGAAGCCUCUGCUACCCUCACUGUCCGAGUUCGCCCUGUUGCUCCUCCACAGUUUGUGGUUAGGCCAAGAGAUCAGAUCGUUGCUCAAGGCCGGACAGUGACAUUCCCCUGUGAAACUAAAGGAAACCCACAGCCAGCUGUAUUUUGGCAGAAAGAAGGCAGCCAGAACCUACUUUUCCCGAAUCAACCUCAGCAGCCUAACAGCCGAUGUUCAGUGUCGCCCACGGGGGACCUCACCAUCACCAACAUCCAGCGUUCAGAUGCGGGUUACUACAUCUGCCAGGCCCUAACCGUGGCAGGAAGCAUUUUAGCUAAAGCACAGCUGGAAGUUACUGACGUUUUGACAGAUAGACCUCCACCCAUAAUCUUGCAAGGACCAAUAAACCAAACACUUGCAGUAGACGGUACAGCAUUGCUGAAAUGUAAAGCCACUGGUGAGCCUCUACCUGUAAUUAGCUGGCUAAAGGAGGGCUUUACUUUUCUGGGGAGAGAUCCAAGAGCCACGAUCCAAGACCAAGGAACACUGCAGAUUAAGAAUUUACGGAUAUCUGAUACUGGCACUUAUACUUGUGUGGCUACAAGUUCCAGUGGGGAGACUUCCUGGAGUGCAGUGCUGGAUGUAACAGAAUCUGGAGCAACAAUCAGUAAAAAUUAUGAUAUAAAUGACCUCCCGGGGCCACCAUCCAAACCUCAGGUCACUGAUGUUUCUAAGAACAGUGUCACCUUAUCCUGGCAGCCAGGUACACCUGGAGUUCUUCCUGCAAGUGCAUAUAUCAUUGAGGCUUUCAGCCAAUCGGUGAGCAAUAGCUGGCAGACAGUGGCAAACCAUGUUAAGACAACUCUCUAUACAGUAAGGGGGCUGAGGCCAAACACAAUCUACUUGUUUAUGGUCAGAGCGAUCAACCCGCAAGGUCUCAGUGAUCCAAGCCCUAUGUCGGAUCCUGUACGCACGCAAGAUAUCAGCCCCCCAGCACAAGGAGUGGACCACAGACAGGUGCAGAAGGAGUUAGGUGAUGUUGUUGUUCGUCUCCAUAAUCCAGUUGUCCUGACACCUACAACUGUUCAAGUCACAUGGACGGUGGACCGACAACCCCAGUUUAUUCAGGGCUACAGAGUGAUGUACCGUCAGACUUCGGGACUCCAAGCCUCAACUGUGUGGCAGAAUCUAGACGCCAAAGUCCCGACUGAGAGGAGUGCUGUCCUUGUGAAUUUGAAAAAGGGGGUGACUUACGAAAUUAAAGUCCGGCCGUAUUUUAAUGAGUUCCAAGGAAUGGACAGUGAAUCGAAAACAGUCCGAACCACUGAGGAAGCCCCAAGUGCCCCUCCCCAGUCUGUCACUGUGCUGACAGUUGGAAGUCACAACAGCACAAGCAUUAGUGUUUCCUGGGAUCCUCCACCAGCUGACCACCAGAAUGGAAUUAUUCAGGAAUAUAAGAUCUGGUGUCUGGGAAAUGAAACGCGAUUCCAUAUCAAUAAAACUGUGGAUGCAGCCAUUCGCUCUGUAGUAAUAGGUGGCUUGUUCCCUGGAAUUCAGUACCGGGUAGAAGUGGCAGCUAGCACAAGUGCAGGGGUUGGAGUAAAAAGUGAACCACAGCCGAUAAUAAUUGGGGGACGUAACGAAGUUGUCAUUACUGAAAACAAUAACAGCAUCACUGAGCAAAUCACGGAUGUCGUGAAGCAACCGGCAUUUAUAGCUGGCAUUGGUGGUGCCUGCUGGGUAAUUCUGAUGGGUUUUAGCAUCUGGUUGUACUGGAGAAGAAAGAAGAGAAAGGGACUCAGCAAUUAUGCUGUAACAUUUCAAAGAGGAGAUGGAGGACUAAUGAGCAAUGGGAGCCGUCCAGGUCUUCUAAAUGCUGGCGAUCCCAAUUACCCAUGGCUUGCUGAUUCUUGGCCAGCCACGAGUUUGCCAGUGAACAAUAGCAAUAGUGGCCCAAAUGAAAUUGGAAAUUUUGGGCGUGGAGAUGUGCUGCCUCCGGUGCCAGGCCAAGGGGAUAAAACAGCGACCAUGCUCUCCGAUGGAGCCAUUUAUAGCAGCAUUGACUUCACUACCAAAACCACUUACAACAGUUCCAGCCAAAUAACACAGGCCACCCCAUAUGCCACUACGCAAAUCCUGCAUUCAAACAGCAUCCACGAACUGGCAGUUGAUCUUCCUGAUCCACAGUGGAAAAGCUCAGUUCAACAGAAGACAGACCUCAUGGGAUUUGGUUAUUCCCUACCUGAUCAGAACAAGGGGAACAACGCCUUACUUUACAUCCCUGACUACCGAUUGGCUGAGGGAUUGUCUAAUAGAAUGCCACACAACCAGUCACAGGAUUUCAGCACCACCAGCUCUCACAACAGCUCAGAAAGGAGUGGCAGUCUCUCAGGUGGGAAAGGUGGAAAAAAGAAGAAAACUAAAAAUUCUUCGAAAGCGCAGAAAAACAACGGAUCCACUUGGGCUAAUGUCCCUCUACCUCCUCCUCCCGUCCAGCCCCUUCCUGGUACAGAGCUGGGCCACUAUGCUGCGGAACAAGAAAAUGGCUAUGACAGUGACAGCUGGUGCCCACCAUUACCGGUGCAAACAUACUUGCAUCAGGGUAUGGAAGAUGAGCUGGAAGAAGACGAAGAUCGGGUCCCAACACCUCCUGUUCGCGGCGUGGCCUCUUCACCAGCUAUCUCUUUUGGACAGCAGUCCACUGCCACUCUUACUCCAUCCCCACGUGAAGAGAUGCAACCCAUGCUGCAAGCUCACUUGGAUGAGUUGACAAGGGCCUAUCAGUUUGAUAUAGCAAAACAAACAUGGCACAUUCAAAGCAAUACUCCACCUCCACAACCCCCAGUUCCGCCAUUAGGUUACGUGUCCGGAGCCUUGAUUUCUGAUUUGGAGACAGAUGUUCCAGAUGAGGAUGCUGAUGACGAAGAGGAACCAUUAGAAAUUCCCAGGCCCCUCAGAGCACUAGACCAGACACCUGGAUCCAGUAUGGACAAUCUAGACAGCUCUGUCACAGGUUCAAUGGUAAAUGGAUGGGGCUCUGCAUCUGAUGAGGAUCGUAACUUUUCUAGUCAUAGAUCUAGUGUAGGUAGCUCCUCAGAUGGCUCCAUCUUUGCCAGCGGCAGCUUUGCAAAAGCAUUGGUGGCAGCAGCAGACAAAGCUGGCUUUAGGCUGGAUGGAACCAGUCUUACGAGAACAGGAAAAGCCUUUACCUCCUCUCAAAGGCAGCGGCCCACCAGCCCGUUUUCUACAGACAGUAACACCAGUGCUGCCCAGAAUCAAAGCCAGAGGCCUCGGCCCACGAAAAAACAUAAGGGAGGGCGGAUGGACCCACAGCCAGCGUUACCUCAUCGGAGGGAAGGGAUGCCAGAUGAUCUUCCCCCACCACCAGAUCCCCCACCAGGUCAGGGUUUAAGGCAGCAGAUAGGCCUGAGCCAACACUCUGGUAACGUGGAAAACUCAACAGAGAGAAAAGGAAGCUCUCUAGAGAGACAACAAGCAGCCAACUUAGAAGACACAAAGAGCUCAUUGGAUUGUCCAGCUAAAACUGUUCUAGAGUGGCAGCGUCAAACCCAGGACUGGAUAAACUCUACAGAACGCCAAGAAGAAACUCGGAAAGCCCCACACAAACAAGGGGUUGGAUCAGAGGAGUCCCUGGUGCCCUACAGCAAGCCCAGCUUCCCUUCUCCUGGGGGGCACAGCUCAUCAGGAACAUCCUCCUCUAAAGGGUCCACUGGCCCUCGGAAGGCCGACGUGCUGAGGGGCAGCCACCAGAGGAAUGCCAAUGACCUUCUCGACAUUGGAUAUGUGGGCUCAAAUAGUCAAGGACAGUUUACAGGUGAAUUGUAGUAACUGAGAGGGGACAUACAAAGAUGCUCUGAGGACCAUCAGGUCCAAACUCAUGGAAGUGAUAACAUUUAACAGUGCAAUGAACAAUUUCUUUAUUUAUGUACUAUUAAAAAAAAACUGUAAAUGCAAUGUAAAGACACACAGCCACACAUAUUCCACAGUUAUUUUCUUGUGUUCUUCUCUUACUUACACCACCCACCUUAACUCUUUCUUGUCAGGAGUAUAAAAAACAAAGAAAGAAAGCAAAACUCACCCUCCAGGAAGAAAAGGAUUUUCCUCUGUAUAUAAUUUCUUUUGCGCAUUGCUAUGCAAGCUCACUCUUUUUAACUCUGUUCAUAUCAUUGUCUGUUCUGAUUGGUCUGUUGUACUAUAUGUGAAUUAAUGGGCUGUGGUGCCAGAUAUUAACUUUUAAUUGUGUAACUUUUUAUGUUUAAAUUUUGCACUGCGAUUUUAUUUGGUGAUAAGCACAAAUCUCUACUCCUCAUGACAUGAAGAAAAGCUUGAAUGUGAAGGGAGUUUUCUGUACUGUAAGUUAGGUUGGAUGAUGCUGGUGUAACCAAUCCAGUUAGAUGGUUUUCAGUUGGGGGUGUAGAAAUAGGAAGAUCGAAGGGAUGAUGGUGUUGGCAACGUCUUCUUGAAACAACAGAUAUCGAGUCAAUUUUAAGAAGCAGAAAGAUGGAUACUAUUGACUAAAGCAGGGGUCAAAAGAAGGGGGUUUAAGUCUAGACAGAGUAUGUAAUAAAGUAUGGUGGUAGCAAAGAUGUACUAACUUGCUUUAAAAAUAUUAUUAAAGUUUUAUUUAGAAUGAACUUUACCUGCCAUUGUAAUUAGCCCAUCUUAGAAUUACAAUGAGCAAAAUAAAAAUCAAGGUGUUUCAAGAGAUCUGUAUUUAUAUUACAGCUUUUUAAAAACAGCAGUUUUGAAUAACCAUAGUUAAUCUCUCCAACUCAUUAAGUCAGACUAUAACAUGGAGUUCCCCAAGGAAACAAACAAACAAACAACAAAUGAACUCCAGAAACUCUAGCAAAUAGUUAAAGAAGCAACUUAUUCUUCGAGCAUACUCGCCUACUCUUGAAUAUGAGCUCAAUUGCAAUAUCUUGUUCAUCUUUCUAAUACAUGUACAGUACAUAUUAGAGGAUGUAGGCACAUCACUUCAGUUCAUUUCUUUUUUAAAAAAAAAAUAAGCAAACUAAUGCAUUCUGCAUACAAUUUUGUGUUUCUUUUGGUUAAAAUGUGAAAUCGAUGCCACCAGAUGUAUAGCCACAUUAUAAGUGCUUAAAGGCAGUGCUCACAGUAUGUUCCAUUUCCAGUUAGGAGAUUUAUUGGACUCAAUAUUUUCUGGUACAUUCUCAGAAAUUGGCUACCAACUCAAAUCUGUUUGACCCAUUUUUGAAUGAGUAAAUCGGAAAGAACAGUCAAAAGGGAGGAAAAAAAUGCAUGUUUAUACACUUUUUAAAUAAAACCAAAUCUUGUAAGUGGACAUUAAUAACAGUGUCCUGCCUCAUUUGUUUUCACGACUCUAAGAACGAGGACUUCCUCAACAUCAAUUAUGUAUGCUCAAGAUAAAUGUGACUUUGAAAUGUUUGUUAGCUUCUGUACAUGUAUGUAAGUCAAGUAGAUGAUAGCCUCCCUGAAACUACCACUUAUAACAUUUUCCCAUGUGCUACUUACACAAGCUUAAAUUCUAGUUCAGCAAAUGUUUUUCAUUAUUUUUUCUUAUGGUUUAUUCAAUAGAGGGUACCUAGAAACAUAUUCAGUGUGAUGGUCAACAUAUUGAGUGCUCAAGUAGGGGAUAUUUACAUUGGCAAUACAUACUGUGCAUUAUUGGUUCAGAUGCCAACUCAUGAGACAUUAUCAUAAGAAAUGGAUAAUAUAAGAACAUGGCUCUAAGGGUCCUUCUCCACAGGCAAGCCUAGAAUUUGAGGUUCUUCAUGGGUCCCAAAACUUGCUUAGUGUUAUAUACUUAACUUCCUUCACUGAAGUAUCAAGCAAUUCUAACACACCGUUUAACAACUUUCUACCAUCAGUGCCUGCAUUUUAUUGAAGUUUGAUGUCUCUGGUACAAGGAAAUAGGGACAGCUGAACAAUUUCUGUGGGGGAAAAAAGGCUUCUGUAAUUAUUGUCAAUUCUAAGUUGUGAUGAAUAUAACUUUUCAUCUAUACAGUUCCUUACUCAUGGUCUCUAUUUAAAAUCAUAGGCUCUUUUAAGAUAUACUUUUAGUUGUGUCUUCACUGUAUGUUCACGAAUAAUAUAAUUUAGUGAAAAACUUUAGUACAUCAUAUGUAUGGUAACUGACAUCUGCAGAUUAUUAUCAAACCAAAUCAUAAGAAAUAAUAUCUUCAGAUCACAUGUUGACUUACAGAACAAUUUCAGGUUAUAGCAUGAUGUCUUUCUGCUUGACUUCAGUAUAUGAUCAUAAGCAAUUAUAUUGUGUCCAUACAGUUUACAGACUGUGAUUACCACAAAAUCUUGCAUCUGAUAUCUACCAUGAAGAUGAAAUAAUAUGCUAUGAAUUUCAGGCAUAGACAUACUAUCAGCAAUAGAAAGCCUUCAUCAUCUAGGUAUUUGGACAAAUCCAUUCACCGUCAACUAUCAGAUUGUUAACUGGGACACAUACCUCCCUCCUAAAUGCUUUCUUUUCGUCUUGUACUUGAUUGAAUGUGAUAGGAAAUCUGCUGAGUUGACUCUUCUGUGGGCCUGAGCAGAAACAUGCGUAAGCCAUCAGAAGGAAGUCUGCAUGGGAAGGAAACCUUACUUUCACUUGUAGGCAAUACUGCUGCGUAGUCACGGCAGACCCAAGCACAGCUUCUUUCCGAAAAAGCAAAGUCUCCUUAUGAAAUAUAUACAUCAGUGCCCAAACUCAGGUGUACCAGUGUAAAGCUAAGGGUUUGCCUACCCUUUUUCAUAUCAUUUUACAUAAGCAAGUUAGGAGACUACAGGGCUAUGAAAAUAAUUGUUUCCUUCACAGGAUUUGGAGCAAGUUCACGGGAGUACAUAGGACAGUCAAGCCCAGUGUAAACACUACCAAAGGAAAGGAAAGCCUUGCAGAAGCGUGUGCUUCGACCAACAGAGCAGCUUAAGUAUGCUCUGUGUUACAGCUUAAUGCACUCCAUAUUCAAAUCCCACUGUCAGUGGGAUUUAAGUUGCAAGUUUAUAUGUGAUUUCAUGGAACACAACCAAGUUCUACUUAAUACUUUAUGCAAUUUUUUUUCACUGAUGAAAAAUCAAUAUCCACAUCAAUGGGUGCCCAGCUGCGGAUCACCUCUCCUAAAAAGCGAUCUUGUCAGUAUUGAAGAAAUGUAGAACCAUAACUUUCACUACUAAUAUCAUUUUGCUCAACUACUUCUGUAUAUUGUGAAAAAGGGGCAGGGCUGGGGGGAUGUGUGUUUCCACAUUAUCUGAGAGGUGAAACUAUUUUUGUGUUGCUUUGCCCUAAUGGGUACUUCAAAUGAAACACCAUACAAUUUUAAAUAACAUGCAAUUAAUGAAUAUUUUUUACUCUCAUAACAUUAAAGGCAUUUGUUGUGAUUUUAAAGUGUUACAAGAUAAGAGAUUUUUGUGAUCGUGGGUAGACUUUUUAUACUUUGUUUUAUAGAUGGAUUUUUUUUCCACUGUAGUUUACUUGAGUGGACAAACAGUAUCCCAAAUCUCAAUGUGUUUCAUUUGAUAUUGUUAGAUCAUCAAAGAAAUUGGCAUAAAAUUGAUUCAUAGUAUUGUCAAAGAAUUGUGUAUUGUGUAUUCACUGGGAAAAAUAAAAAAUAUAUUCACAUUCCAAUUUUGUAAAAAAAAAAAAAAGCCAUUUAUGUAAACAAUUUUCUCUGUGGACAAACCAAAAAUAGAUCCUUGUGUCACUUUUAGAAUUCUGUGACUAUUUUGUGGCCCAAUAUUCAUAUUUCUUUUUUUCAAAUUUAAAUAUGGAUCAGAAGUGCUUGGUAAGAAAUAAUACGUAGUCAUGAUUAAAGACAGCAAUAAAAGCUGCAAGUAUUUGAAAUUAUAUAUCCUAGUUUGUCAGCACUACUUUCCACAUCUCUUGUUUCCCUCAC